UUGCACGGGAACGUAGUUUUUGGGAGUGUUCUCAUUCAAAGAAUCGAUUCAGGUCUUCCUGGAGGAUCGGCUGCUUUUGCUGCCAGUUCACGCCAGCCCCAGUACGUUUCUUUUGCACCAGCAGCACAGUCCCUUGUACCACAGUUCGUUCCUGUUUCAAUUAUGGAUCCAACCGUUUUAGCUGCACAAGCACAGGUCCAGUGGCAGACUGCUGCAGCAGGUGGAUCACAGUUCAUUUGGCCUGCUCCGACAAUUUUUCCUCCAACAACUGAACUUUUCAUACCUUCGCUACAAGCUGUGGCUGGUCAGCGGACGGCCACUCACUUCAGUCAGGUAUUCCCUCAUCAGCCACCACAAAAAGGUUUCAAUUUACCCUCCGCGAGUGGUAUAUCACAUCCACCGUUAACCUCUACGCAUAUGGGUAACACAUUUGUUGAUCCAUCUUGGGCGCAGCCGAACUUAGCCAGCUUAAGUGCUCAUAUGAACGCGAUACACCGUCCUCCUGCUGUCAGUGAGCAGGGUAAAUGGUGGGAUUUUCACUUUUCAGCCUAG